CGGACCUUGGACGACCUGACUCCCCUUGCUUUCUACCCUGUGCCAAGUUCCUUUCUGAGGGGGGUCUGACUGUACAUUAAAUCGCGUCGUCAUGGCUAGCCUGAUCGCCAUUCUCGACCUCAAGGGCAAACCGCUCAUUCAGCGAUCCUACCGAGACGAUGUCCCUGCGACAUAUAUCGAAAAGUUUAUGCCGAUCAUACUUGAACUUGAGGAAGAGGGGCAGCAGGUUACGCCCUGCUUCUCGCGAGAGGGCAUCAACUACAUGCACAUUCGGCACUCGAAUCUCUACCUCCUCGCGCUCUCCAAGAGAAACACGAAUGCGGCUGAGCUCAUCUUGUUUCUGCACCGGCUCGUGCAGGUCCUUGUCGAGUACUUCAAGGAGCUCGAGGAGGAGUCCAUCCGCGACAACUUUGUCAUCAUCUACGAGCUCAUGGACGAGAUGAUGGACUUUGGAUUCCCGCAGACGACGGAGAGCAAGAUUUUGCAGGAGUACAUCACGCAAGAGUCCUACAAGCUCGAGGUGCAAGUGCGGCCGCCUGUUGCCGUCACCAACGCUGUAUCGUGGCGUUCGGAGGGCAUCAGGUACCGGAAGAACGAGGUCUUCCUGGACGUUAUCGAGAGUGUCAACUUGCUGGUCAACGCGAACGGAAACGUUGUACGGUCGGAGAUCCUGGGCGCAGUCAAGAUGAAGUGCUAUCUCUCCGGCAUGCCAGAGUUGAGGUUGGGCCUCAACGAUAAGGUCAUGUUCGAGAGUACCGGUCGUACCGCACGCGGAAAGGCCAUCGAGAUGGAGGAUGUCAAGUUCCACCAAUGUGUCCGCCUUUCAAGAUUCGAGAACGACCGCACUAUCUCGUUCAUCCCUCCGGACGGCGAGUUUGAGCUGAUGUCGUACCGUCUGUCGACACCAGUCAAGCCCUUGGUGUGGGUCGAAGCUGCCGUUGAGCACCAUAAGGGCAGCCGAGUAGAAUACAUGGUGAAGGUGAAAGCGCAGUUCAAACGUCGAAGUACAGCCAACAAUGUCGAGAUAUACGUCCCUGUGCCUGACGAUGCUGAUACACCGAAAUUCAGGGCGUCGACGGGAACAGUGCAAUAUGCGCCAGACAAGUCUGCUUUCGUAUGGAAAAUCAAGCAGCUCAGCGGUGGCCGAGAAUUCCUCAUGAGGGCGCACUUUGGUCUGCCAAGUGUCCGCGGAGAGCAAGAGAGCAUGGAUAAGCGCGCUCCGAUCACCGUCAAAUUUGAGAUCCCAUACUUCACUGUAUCCGGCAUACAAGUGAGGUACCUGAAGAUCGUCGAGAAGAGCGGAUACCAGGCUCUGCCGUGGGUGCGAUACAUCACACAGAAUGGUGACGACUACAGUUUGCGGACGGCACAAGAGAAGGGCAGUGCGCCCAUUGCACCGAUAUGAGGCUGGACCCUUAUUCUAUACGCUCUACGCGUGCACUUGACGACUCUGACGAUAUCACCCUUGAUGAUUAUUUUAUAAGAGAUAAAUUGCAAUAUAGCGCCUUGGGUGUACUCUGACGUCCUCUUGCGAAGACUGAGCGAGCUUGGACGAGUGUCGUUGUCCCGGUAAGUCGCCGGCAUUUGUUGUAUGACAACUCACAACGUCCUGGUCUUCCCCUCGUAGUCAUACAGAGAUGAUGUAAUCGUCUGGAAUA